UCAGUCUCUCUCUCUCUCUCUCUCUCCCCAAAACAGAGAGAAAGAAAAGGAAAGAUUAUGGUUUCCCAAGAAGACAUUGACCCACCUCCCUCAGCCCCCAGGAUCUCAUUCUCUGCAGAUUUUCUUGAUGAAAACGACUUCAUAUCCAUUCACCCAGAUGGCCAUUUCCCCGACCAAGAAACCCAAGCCAAAGAAACCCCAACAGUGGACCUUGGAAAGAAACCAAGAAAUGGUGAGUUUGAGUUCUUGGCCGCCAGCAUGAGCACCCACAAGAUGAUGACUGCGGAUGAGCUCUUUUUCGAGGGAAAGCUGCUCCCUUUCUGGCAAAUGCAGCAAUCCGAGAGGCUCAAGAGAAUCACCCUUAAGCCGAAAUCCGGAGACAGUGAAGAAGCCAGAGAUGGAGGUCGAGAUCAAGAACGAGUUCAAGAAGAGGAAAAGAUGAGGAACAGCAAGAACAGUAGUAACAGAGACCAAGAUCAAGAACAGAACAGAGUGAGUUGGCUACUUGACGACGACCCAUCGCCGAGGCCGCCCAAGUGCACUGUCCUUUGGAAGGAGCUCCUGAGGCUGAAGACCAAGAGGGCUUCGUCCUCCCUCUCGCCGUCGCCCUCUUCAUCAUCCACUUCGUCUUCCUCGAGCUCGCUCGGCGACGUGGCUUCCAUGGACGAGAGGAAGGAGGCCAGAGACAGAGACAGGGAGAGCAAUAGCAACUACGUCCAGAGGAUAAGGAAAGGGUUGGAGAGGACGAGAUCGAACAGCAUUAGGAUCAGGCCCAUGGUAAACGUGCCCAUUUGCACGCACGUGAAGAGCGCGAGCGGUGGUGGGUCGUUGCCUCCUCUGUUUCCGCUCAAGAAAGGAAGAGUUUGAGAGAGAGAUGUGGAAGGUGAAGGUGGAAGAUGAAGGGUUCGGAUCAGGGAGAGAUGUGAAGAUUUUUGUCUAUGUUUUCCUUUGUUUCUGUUUUGCUUUCUUUCGUUUUUAUUUUCGGGUCUACUAAUUUCGUUGUUACGGCGGAUCUGCUGAUUUAGAAUGUGCAUAUGCUGACUUUGUAAUUUGUUUUGUGGAAUUAACCAUGACUCAUUACAUUUGGCUUC